UCAAAUGAUCGCAUGUUUCUCUAUGACCUCGUCGCCUAGUUCUAAAUCGGCUAAAUCAUAUUUUCUUUCCAGCUCCACGAGCGAAAUAAAAAGUCUCAAAGAUUACAGAAAAUAUUCCACGAAUGAGACAAACUUUUUUUUAUACAAUUCAUUGCAAAGAAAUUCGCAUAUUCGCAUUUUACCAGCUUCUCUUAUUUUUCAUACACGGGAAAUUUUGAUAGCCCUGCAUGUUAUUUUUGUGAGCGGAUAGGGUGUUUUAUUUCUUGCAAAGUUGAGCAAGCAGUGGUAUUAAAUUCCAGUUGCAGGUGUGCAGCUUGAUUGGCUAUUUAUUAUUUAAAAAGAGGCCUUUUGUUGUUGUCCCCUAUAACGCUCAGCGUCGUCAAGGAGAUUUUAUCAGCCAAGUUGCGGCGCAUGAGUGAAAUUAUAUGAACGGUCACUUUCAAGUGACCGAGUUAGCUGCAAGUCCUGGAAGAAAAUCUCAAUCAUGGGGUUCUUUAGCCGAUUUAUGUUCAACGACCCAUUCUUUUUAUGCAAUCCAGCGCCACCGGCGCCUGCCUUUCAGCAUGUGGCGCGGAUGAUGGACUCUCUGCUUCUGGACUCGAUGCAACCUUUCACUUUUACCAAGAUCACGACACAGCAACUGAACAGACCGAAAAACAAAUUGCCAAAGCAGUCGUCAAAACCGACGCCCGUCAAGCCCCAGAGACCAGCAACUGAAAGGGCCGAACAGCGAACGGAGCACCGAGCGGAGCCUGCGGCGGAACCGGCUUACGAGCCAAGAAAAGCGGGCAACCCACCCAGUUCCGACAAAUGGGUGGCGUCUUUGAGGAAGCGCGACCCGGAACUUCAGCCGACCCUCCCUGCCAUUCAGCACAGCAGAAGCAGGUCCAACUCGCAGCCUUCAGGGUACCCCAGGGUCAAGUCUCGAUCGGUCGACCGCAUGCAUAGUCGGAUGAAACCUUUGAAGCCUCUGAACAAGAUGGUCAGCAAAGACGACGACCAAUUGUGUCCGUCUCCAAAAAGCGGAAAAGGCACUUUUCCGCUGGGAAUAGGCGUCGAGCCGCACUUAGUGGACACCAUAGAAAAAGACGUUCUCGUCCGCAACCCUUGCGUCCCCUGGGCCAGGGUUGCCGGACUCAGGGACGCUAAAGCAACAUUACAAGAAGCGGCGAUACUACCGCUGAUAAUGCCCGAAUACUUCAGAGGGAUUCGCCGCCCGUGGCGUGGCGUUUUGAUGGUCGGCCCUCCAGGAACAGGAAAAACGAUGCUGGCCAAGGCGGUGGCUACGGAAUGCAGCACAACCUUUUUCAACAUCUCCUCGGCCACCCUAACCUCAAAGUACAGGGGCGACUCCGAAAAGCUGAUUAGGAUCUUAUUUGAGAUGGCACGCUUUCACGCACCCUCUACUAUUUUUAUUGACGAAUUGGACUCCCUGUGUUCUUCGCGAGGGUCAGACUCGGAACAUGAGGCUUCCAGGCGGUUCAAAGCAGAGCUGCUCAUUCAAAUGGAUGGACUUGACUCAGCAUCCGAUGAUCGAGUAGUAAUGGUUUUGGCGGCGACAAAUCAUCCCUGGGACAUUGACGAAGCCUUCAGAAGGCGAUUUGAAAAGCGAAUUUACAUUCCACUGCCUGAUGCCAUUAGCAGGGUAGAAUUAUUGGAACUUUGUCUGCAAAGCGUGAAAUUAGAACCAGGCCUAAACCUCAAGUCUCUCAGCAUCCAGCUUGAGGGUUAUUCAGGGUGCGAUAUCAGCAAUGUCUGCAGAGAUGCUGCUAUGAUGAGCAUGAGGAGACUAAUUACUGGAAAAUCUGCAGAGGAAAUUAGGGCGAUUCGCAAAGAAGAAGUUGACCUCCCUGUUACUUCCGACGACUUCAAGGAAGCGAUAUUGAGGUGUAAAAAAUCAGUUUCAAAUAACGAUAAACAAAGAUACGAACAAUGGAUAAAUGAAUUUGGCGCUAGUUAAAAAAACUUAUUGUUAUUUUAGAAAAAUAAUGUAAAAGUGGUUUUGUGGAACAAAGUCCGAUCCUCUCGAUGUUUUUUUUCUCUUUUCCCCCAAAGAGGGAAUCCAUUCCUGUGAUACUGCUAAAGACGCGGUUACAUCCACUUGCAAGCAAAUUGCAGUUGGAGUGUCAACAAUUUUUAAUACACGUUCUCAAAAAGUUGAGACAGAAAAAAAGCCCAAAACUGCUCAGCUCUUUUCUACGAUUUGGAAAAAAUGCUGAUUGUAAUAAAAAACAGAUUCUUGAAAAAUCGACGAGUUUUUAUGGAGUCUAGAGAUGUUCGAUCACUUGAUAAAAUUGUUGUAAAAAGGUACAAAAAUAAAAUUUUGAUAA